AUGGGAGAAAAAGAUUCCGAGGAAAAGAAAGCAGGGAUUGGAACGGGCGAUGGAGAAGAACAAAGCCCUUCGGCGUUUAGGGCCUAUCUUAGGGUUUUCACAUACGGCGACACAUGGCUUUACACUCUCGAGUUCAUCGCCGUAUUGGCCGCAAUUGCUGCUGGCGUUGCCCUAGCCAUGGUAAACGUUGUGCUCGGCAACUUUGUUACACUUCUUAGCGAGCCCCUGACCUCUGAAUCCGCUCGAGCAGACUUCAUGUCCCGGGUAGAGACCUCUGCACUGCGUUUCGUCUACAUUGGAAUCGCUCGCUUUGGAGGCACAUAUAUAUACUCGUCCCUGUUCACAUAUGUCGCCCACCGACUGACAAGGAACAUCCGCUGGAGGUACCUUCACUCUGCCUUCAGCCAGGAGAUUGCCUUCUUCGACCAAGGAUCGAGCGGUUCAAUAUCCAUGCAGACGACUUCAAGCGGCAAGCUGAUCCAAUCAGGUGUGGCUGAAAAGCUCGGGAUGUUCGUACAGGCCGUAUCCGCUUUCAUCGCCGCCUUUGUGGUGGCCUUUAUCACCCAGUGGAAGCUGACUUUGAUCACGUCUUGCAUUGUCCCAGUGGUCAUUCUUAUCUGUGGUGUCGUGUCAUGGCUCGAUGUUAUCGUCGAAACAGGCAUUCUCAAGGUGUAUGGCAUGGCUGGCGGCUACGCUGAGAGCACUCUGGGUGGCGUGCGCGCUGUGCAAGCUUUUGGCCUUCGUCGACGUCUCGUCGCCAAGUAUAAAGAAUACUUGGAGGACGCAUACAACCGCGGUAUGAAGAAGAAUGUUCUGUAUGGAUUCGCCUUUGGUGGUGAAUAUUCUGUCUUGUACUGCGGAAUGGGCCUGUCCUUCUGGCAGGGUGUUAGAAUGCUUAGCAAGGGCGAGAUCGCAAGCAUUGGCACCGUUUUCACGGUUGUGUUUUCUGUCAUUGUCGCGGCCCAGACCAUCACAUCAAUUGUGCCACACUUGCUCGUCUUCAAUCGAGCCGCCAGUGCCGCAGUCGAGAUGUUUACUCUCAUUGGCCGAGAGUCGUCCAUCAAUCCAUUUGACGAGUCAGGCGAGAGGCCCGACGAAGUUCAAGGGAAUAUCGAGAUCCAGGGUGUCCACUUCAGCUACCCUAGCCGGCCUAAUGUCACCGUACUGGACGACUUCACGCUUAAGGUACCCAAAGGCAAAGUAACUGCGCUUGUGGGGCCGAGCGGGUCUGGAAAGAGUACGAUCAUCGGCCUCUUGGAACGGUGGUAUAAUCCAACCCAAGGCACAAUUACCCUCGAUGGGCGGGACAUUAAGGCCCUAAAUCUCAGAUGGCUAAGGACCAACGUCCGUCUCGUGCAGCAGGAACCAGUUUUGUUCAACGGAAGCGUGUACGACAACAUUGUGACCGGCCUGAUAGGGACAGCUUGGGAAGAUGCCCCCGUUGAGGAAAAGAAGAGACGGGUAGAGGAUGCUGCAAAGCUUGCGUUUGCGCACGAGUUCAUUACCGAGCUGGCCCAGGGAUACGAUACCACCAUCGGCCAAAGAGGUGGCCUGCUUUCAGGAGGGCAGAAACAGAGGAUUGCUAUCGCCAGGAGUAUCAUCUCUGAUCCAAAAAUCCUGCUGCUUGACGAAGCUACGAGCGCCCUCGAUCCACAAGCUGAGCAUAUCGUCCAACAAGCCCUGGAUAACGCCUCGAAGAACCGGACCACCAUCACGAUCGCCCACAAGCUCGCCACGAUUCGCGGCGCAGAUAACAUCGUUGUCAUGUCUCACGGGAGAAUCUCCGAGCAGGGUACUCAUGAGCACCUGUCUACUUGCGGUGGAUUGUAUGAAAAGCUGGUUCGAGCUCAAGACCUUGCACCAUCAAGCGAUGCCGAGAGCUCCACAGCCUACGAAGAUGACACAAGCGAUACAGAAGCUGCCAUUCCCGUUUCCCUUACGAAAACUCCGACAAGAGAGGCAACAACACUGCAGGCUCUUAGGCACCGCGAGGACUUUGAUCGCUACAAGCCUCUGGGACUGAUUCGCUCCAUCGCGAAACUGAUCUCCAUGACCCCAGAACUGGCCGUCUGGUAUUUCGUCACAAUACUCACCUGUAUUGCGGGCGCUGCGAUUUUCCCUGGGCAGGCUCUGUUGCUAGCCAAGAUCUUGGACGCAUCAACAUCCAGCAACAUGGUGUCCCGUGGCAACUUUUUCGCCCUCAUGUUCUUUGUAAUGGGUCUCGGAUGUUUCGUCGCUUACUUCAUCAUGGGCUGGGGGACGAACAUCAUCGCCCAGACCCUGAGCAGGAAAGCCCGCCUCGAACUCUUCGACCAGGUCCUCAAGCAAGACCUGCGAUUCUUCGAUCGACCCGAGAACGCUGUUGGUGCCUUGAUGAGCCGACUGGACUCAUACCCGCAAGCUAUCUUGGAACUCAUGGGUAUAAACUUUGGGCUUGUUGUUCUGGCUGGCAUUAAUGUCCUCAGUAGCUCUGUGCUGGCGUUGGCCAUCUCUUGGAGAGUUGCUGUUGUUGGCGUAUUCGUGGCCCUCCCGCCGAUGCUUGUCGCAGGCUAUGCAAGAGUCCGGCUCGAAGCGAAAGUCGAUGCUAGCAUGUCCAAGAGGUACGCUGCAAGCUCAGCUGUGGCUUCAGAGACAGUCAUGGCUAUCAGGACAGUCUCUUCGCUCGCCAUGGAACGGAGUGUUCUGGCUAGCUAUGCCCAUGAACUAGAUACAGCCAUCUCCACUUCCAUUCCAGGGUUGUUCCACAUGAUGAUCUGGUUUGCGUUGACGCAGUCUAUUGAGUUCUUUAUCCUUGGAUUGGGAUUUUGGUGGGGAUCCAAGCUCAUUAGUGAGGACAAGGUCACAUUCUACCAGUUCAUUGCGUCGUUUAUGGCGGUGUACUUUUGCGGCCAGGGCGCAGGGCAGAUGUUUGUGUACUCAAGCAGCUUCUCCAAGGCUGUUCAGGCCUCCAACUACUACUUCUGGAUGCUGAAUCUGGAGCCUGAGAUCACCGAGAAUAACGAAAAUCGCGAUGUUGGACCCGCAAAGGGGUGCACUUCUCUACAGUUUGAGAAGGUCAAGUUCUCGUACCCCUUGGCUCCCAACAUCAAGGUGCUGAAAGGGGUAUCACUAGAUAUUCGACCCGGAGAGUUUGUGGCAUUCGUUGGCGCAUCAGGUUGUGGCAAAAGCACCAUGAUCUCCUUGUUAGAGCGGUUCUACGACCCAACAAGCGGAAGGAUUGUCGUUGACCAAGCUGAGGCUCUCUCAUUACUCAACCCACGCCUUUACCGCCAGCAUGUGGCACUGGUCCAGCAAGAACCAACUCUGUUCCCUGGGUCCAUCCGGGAUAACAUAUCCCACGGCAAGGACGACGGCAAUAAGGCUUCAGAGGCUGAGAUAGAGGAGGCCUGUAGGGCGGCCAACGCCUGGGAAUUCGUCAUGUCUCUCCCUGAGGGUCUAAACACACCCUGUGGCGAAGGCGGUAGCCAGCUCUCGGGCGGGCAGAGGCAGCGCGUGGCGAUUGCGAGGGCCCUGGUGCGGAAACCAAAGGUUAUACUUCUGGACGAGGCGACCAGCGCUCUGGAUACUGAGUCCGAGAGGGUGGUACAGAAGGCGCUCAUGGAGGCAGCGGCAGGAGACCGUAUCACGGUUGCCGUGGCGCAUAGGCUCUCGACUAUCCGAGGUGCGGACCGUAUCUUUGUGUUCUACGGAGGCGAUGUAGUCGAAGCUGGGACACAUGAGGAACUGAUCGGUCGAGGUGGGAUGUACGCAAAGAUGUGUGAGGCGCAGAACCUGGGGGUUUGA